UGGAUUGCAAUUGUGGUUGGAAGUUGGAACGAAAACCAGCAUACACAGAGGUACUCCAGGACUGAGUUUGGAAACCACUGCCUGUAGAGCAAAAACCAAGCAAUUGUAUCUAGAGAUGUCUGCUCCGCAUGGGCCCCGGGGCGGCCCGGCCGCUCCUCCUGCGGAUGCUCUCCUACCGGAGGUGCCGGACCUCAGUCAUCUAACAGAGGAGGAGAAAAAGAUCAUCCUCGGCGUCAUGGACCGGCAGAAGAAAGAAGUCGAAAAGGAACAGUCAAUGUUAAAGGUCAAGGAAGAACAAAAACCUCAGCCAGCACAGUGGUUUCCGUUUAGCGGGAUCACUGAUCUGGUAACUAGCGUUCUUCAGCCCCAGCAAAGGUCCCAAAAUGAGAAGCAGCCUGAUACGAGGUUACACCAGCAGUUUGAGGUGUACAAGGAGCAGGUGAAGAAGAUGGGGGAGGAGACGCAGCUGACGCCAGAGCAGAAGGGGGAGGCGCCCACCUGCGGAAUCUGCCACAAGACCAAGUUCGCCGACGGCUGCGGUCACGUCUGUUCAUAUUGCCAAACGAAAUUCUGCGCGCGAUGUGGAGGUCGCGUGUCUCUGCGGUCAAAUAAGGAAGGAAAAGUGGUAAUGUGGGUAUGCAACUUGUGCCGAAAACAACAAGAAAUCCUCACAAAUUCGGGAGCCUGGUUCUACAGCGGUGGCCCGCGGCAGCCGGGCGACUGUGAAGCCCACCGCGGCGAGGAGGCGCCCCGCGAGAAGAAGGCCAAACUGCAGGACCCGUACUACUACCCAGGAUCCUCGGGGGACGUACCGGCGCCCGACAGGAACGCGCCUCACGGGCCCCUCAGGAACGGGUCGGGCCCCGGCGACAUCAUCGACAGGAAAAGAAGCCCGUCAGCAUCCAGGGACCCGGCCCGGACGUACGAGCAGAGGGAGGACAGGGCGGAGCGCUCGCAGUAUGCGCCGGCGGACGGCGGGAUGCCCAGAUCACCAUCCGACUACGGGGAUCGGGACCCCCGCCGGGCGGGGCGGGGCCCGCGGGCGUACGAGGACGCCGAGGCCCCUCACGGCGAGUACCAGGACCGGCGGGGCCGCUGGCGCCCGCAGGACUACCCGCCGGACGAGGCCCUAGACGGGCAGCCCGGGGAGUACGAGCUCCAGCGGCGGAGGGAGGAGGAGGAGUACCAGGCCCGCUACCGCAGCGACCCCAACCUAGCGCGCUACCCUGUGAAGCCGCAGCCGUACGAGGAGCAGAUGCGCAUGCACGCCGAGGUGUCGCGGGCGCGGCACGAGCGUCGCCAUAGCGAUGUGUCGCUGGCCUACACCGAGCUGGACGACCCGCACGGAUACCCGCCGCGGGGCCACCACGGCCGCUACCCGCCCGAGGGCCAGCGCUCGUACUCGGCCGAGAGGACUUCCCCCGGCCUGGUCCGCAGGGCCGCCCGGAGCCCCCCCACGCCCCACCGGAGCCCCGUGCUGGACGGGCGGAGGGGCGGUGGGGGGGACCCCGCAUACCGGCCGCCCCCCCAGCAGCAGCACCACCUGGACCCCAGCUCGGCGGUGCGGAGGACCAAGCGGGAGAAGAUGGACUCCAUGCUGCGGAACGACUCGCUCAGCUCCGACCAGUCCGAGUCGGUGCGGCCGCCCCCGCCCAAACCGCACAAGACCAAGCGGCUGGGCAAGAUGAGGCAGGUGUCGCUCAGCAGCUCGGAGGAGGAGCUGGCCACCACGCCCGAGUACACCAGCUGCGAGGACGUGGAGAUCGAAAGCGAGUCCGUCAGCGAGAAAGGGGACAGUCAAAGGGGAAAAAGAAAAGCUAUUGAGCAGGCGUUUUUGUCGGACGCGACUUACGCCUUUUCUGAGAGGCAAACGAAAACGGUGCGCUUUGGGGGCGAUUCGUUGGAAGAGGACUCGGAAUGGUGCGAGCCCCAGGUUAAAGACUCUGGCGUUGAUACGUGCAGUAGCACUACCCUAAACGAGGAGCUUAGCCAUAGCGAGAAGCACCCUGUGACAUGGCAACCGUCCAAAGACGGGGAUCGCCUAAUAGGGCGGGUUCUGCUAAACAAGCGCAUGAAGGAUGGAACGGUGCCCCGUGACUCUGGAGCUCUGCUGGGACUGAAGGUGGUUGGAGGGAAAAUGACAGAAUCUGGUAGACUUUGUGCUUUCAUCACAAAAGUGAAGAAAGGGAGUCUAGCAGAUACUGUUGGACACCUCCGACCAGGUGAUCAGGUCCUGGAGUGGAAUGGGAGGCUUUUGCAAGGAGCCACAUUCAAAGAAGUUUACAAUAUCAUUCUGGAAUCCAAACCAGAGCCCCAAGUGGAGCUGGUGGUCUCACGUCCCAUUGGAGACAUUCCCAGGAUCCCCGACAGCACACAUGCACAACUGGAAUCAAGUUCAAGUUCCUUUGAAUCCCAGAAGAUGGAGCGCCCCUCCAUCUCUGUCACCUCACCCAUGAGUCCAGGCCUGCUACGGGACGCCCCUCAGUACCUUUCCGGACAAAUCUCAAGCCAAAGCCUUAGUAGAAGAACUGCGCCUUUUGUCCCUAGGGUUCAGGUAAAACUCUGGUACGACAAAGUGGGUCAUCAGUUAAUCGUCACGAUACUGGGAGCAAAAGACCUACCUUCCCGGGAAGACGGGCGACCAAGGAAUCCCUAUGUAAAAAUCUACUUCCUCCCCGACAGAAGUUUGAAUUAUUGUUCCUCCAGUGAUAAAAGCAAAAGAAGAACAAAAACGGUAAAGAAAUCGUUAGAGCCCAAAUGGAACCAGACCUUUAUGUACUCGCCUGUGCACCGGCGGGAAUUCCGUGAGCGCAUGCUGGAGAUCACCCUGUGGGACCAGGCGCGAGUCCGGGAGGAGGAGAGCGAGUUUCUGGGAGAGAUCCUGAUAGAGCUGGAGACGGCGCUACUGGACGACGAGCCCCACUGGUACAAGCUGCAGACCCACGACGUGUCCUCCAUGCCCCUUCCCAACCCCUCGCCCUACCUGCAGAGGAGAGGGACGCACGGAGGAAGCCCCACCCGGAGGCUGCAGAGGUCCCAGAGAAUCAGCGACAGCGAAAUCUCAGAUUACGACUGCGAGGAUGGGGUUGGAGUUGUAUCAGAUUACAGACACAACGGCAGGGAUCUCCAGAGCUCCACGCUCUCUGUUCCGGAGCAGGUGAUGUCGUCCAAUCACUGCUCCCGGUCGGUGGACAUAAACCGGACGCGGUCACGGUCGCCGAGCAUGCCCCCUUCCCAGAGCCGGAGUUUGGACCACAGCAGCCGCGUGUCGCCGUCUCAGUACAACACCACGAGUAGAAUCGACCGGCAGCGCAUGUCAGAAGACCGAUACUCCCCCGACAGCCAUUACCUCACCCUACCUCCUCGAUCCAGACACAGCCAGCCUGUCAAUCAUCUUCACACGGAUCCCAGUCUCGCAUACCCCAUCUAUCGAGAAGACGCGGUCAGGUUACUGCGCUCCACGCGGAUCGCCCGCACGUAUUCUGAGGGCGCGUAUGACCUGGAGAGGAAUUACGCCGCCCUGGACCGGCGCGACUAUCACAGGUCGCGGUCGGCAGACCAGCGGCCGGCGGUGGAGCGGCCCGCCUCUCGCUCCCGGUCCACGGAGCGCCCGGAGUCCAGCCACAUGAGGUCCUCCAUGCCGUCUCUACCGGCCGGAAGAUCCGCCCCUCCCUCACCUGCCUUAACCAGGGCUCACCCCCGCAGUGGAUCGGUCCAAACCAGCCCCGCCAGCUCCCCCCUGUCCAUUCGGAGAGGACGGCAGCUACCACAAGUUCCUCCAAAGGGGACGCAGGAUAGAAAAGACACGGACUCACCCCGCCGGACGAGCUCAGGUGCCAUGGACAUGGAGGAGCGCACACGGAUGAUGAAGCUGAAGAUGAAUAAGGGCCGGCAGGAGCAGGACCCCGCCAAGGCAAUUGGACGGUUGCCACGAGGCUCGGACAACCUGUCCACCAAGUCGUCAGACAGCGACGUGAGCGACGUGUCCGCUGUGUCCAGGGCCAGCAGUGCGUCCCGGCUCAGCAGCACCAGCUACACGUCUGCCCAGUCUGAGCGACCGCGCGGUAGCCGCAAAAUCAGUGCCUUUGCGUCCAAAAUGAAAAACAGGCAAAUGGGAGAGUCCGGGAAGAACAUGACCAAGAGCUCGAGCGUCAGCGGGGACAUGUGCAACCUGGAGAAGACGGACGGCAGCCAGUCGGACACAGGAGCGGGAGCCACGGAGGAGAGCGAGGAGGAGAAGAAGAGGCGCUCCAGCCUUGGUGCCAAAAUGGUCGCGAUCGUGGGGCUCUCGAGAAAAAGCAGGAGCACCUCUCAGCUCAGCCAAACAGAAGCUGGAGGGAAAAAGUUACGGAGCACAGUCCAGAGGAGCGUGGAGACAGGGUUGGCGGUGGAGAUGAGGAGCAGGAUGACACGGCAGGCCAGCCGGGAAUCCACUGACGGCAGCAUGAACAGCUACAGCUCAGAGGGAAACCUAAUCUUUCCUGGUGUGAGGCUGUCUGCCGACAGCCAGUUCAGCGACUUCCUGGAUGGGCUAGGCCCCGCCCAGCUCGUUGGACGGCAGACGUUGGCCACGCCGCCUAUGGGUGACAUCCAGAUUGGGAUGAUGGAGAAAAAAGGAGCUCUGGAGGUGGAGGUGAUUCGGGCCCGUGGUCUUGUGGGGAAGCAUGGAAACAAGCAACUGCCAGCGCCCUACGUUAAAGUGUACCUGUUGGAGAACGGAGCCUGCAUCGCCAAAAAGAAAACUAAAGUAGCACGAAAAACACUGGACCCGCUAUACCAGCAGCAGCUCCAUUUUGUGGAGAGCCCGGGAGGAAAGGUUUUACAGGUCAUCGUGUGGGGAGACUAUGGGCGAAUGGACCACAAAUCAUUCAUGGGAGCAGUUCAGAUACUUUUAGAUGACCUUGACCUCUCCAACAUGGUGAUUGGCUGGUAUAAGCUCUUCCCCCCAUCCUCAUUGGUGGACCCAACCUUGGCACCUUUGACUAGACGAGCUUCCCAAUCCUCAUUGGACAGUUCCUCUGGACCUUGCCCUCGUUCGUAGCAGCACGGGGGUGGUUAAUGAUAGCAUUGUCGUAGCAAGCACUGUCGGAGGGAACUGGUGGCGACAGGUCACGGGCCACACCCUGGCUGCACUGCAUGCUUAAUGUUGUGUCUUCUCAGCCCGUAAAUAGGGAUGCAAAAAACGUGGUCCUGUCUUUUCAGCAAACGUCGCACACAUUGUGCGUGUAGAGCGCCCCCCCCCCCCCCCCUCCUCCCCUCCCAGGGGAAAACCU